UCGGCCACGAGCAUCUUCUCCCAAUUCUGAAAUCGAAACAAUUUCAAAUACGUUGUUACGAAAGCUAUUACCUAACAAACACAGGAAAGAAAGCGUUUAUAUUUGAUUGAUUUAUGAUGGAAAGAUUGACCAGGAAUCGAGGAUUUAACCUUGAAACGUUGACAGACUUCUCAAAGCUGGAUGUCCCAACCAAAAAACAUUUGAAAAAUGUCUAUUCUGUUUUGGCGAUGUCCAUGUUCGCUGCUGCAGCAGGAGGGGCUGUGCACAUGUUCACCCAAUUCUUGAAGGGUGGUUUUCUCUCUGCCAUUGCUGGAAUUGGUCUUCUCUUAUUGCUUCUGGUCACUCCUUACAAUGGCAAGAAUCAGACAAAACGAAUUGGGAUUUUGAUGAGCUUUGCUUUCUGUACAGGUCUUGGAUUGGGGCCAAUCAUGGAGGGAGUAACCCAAAUUGAUUCAAGCAUUGUACCAACAGCAUUCUUCUUCACAACUUUAAUCUUUGUGUGUUUCUCACUGAGCGCAUUGUUGGCUGAAGAACGCAGCUAUCUUUACAUGGGAGGUUUGCUUGGAUCUGGGUUGACAAUCCUGUUGGUCAGCUCCAUUCUUAACCUUUUCAUGCGUUCCUAUUUUCUCUACCAGGUUCACCUUUAUCUUGGCCUGGUUGUGUUCAGUGCAUUCAUUCUGUACGACACCCAACUGAUUGUGGAGAAGUUCCGCCGUGGUGACAAAGAUUAUGUUUGGCACUGUCUCGAUUUGUUCAUCGAUUUUAUUGCAGUUUUCAGGAGAAUUAUGGUGAUUCUUGCACAAAACAAGGAGAACAAACGCAAAAAGUGAAGCUC